AGGGGUAUAGAGCCCAUAGGUGGCCCGUUUAUAGUCGGGUUUGUAAAAAACCCGAACCAAUUCCGAUCAUCUACUCUUGUAGUAUGUAGAAGAUUGGAUCCUUUCCCUGCACUUGGAUCGUCUUCCGCCUUAAAGCUUACUUACUACGUCUCUCGUCCAAUUCUCCGAAACCUUCUGGCUGAUACGCAACUCCUCUUCAUGGCGAACUAUUUCACUCGAAGAAGAAUCUCUCACUUGUUUCCUCCUCCAUUCUGGCCGUGCCGGGUCGGGAACAUCGCCGACGAAAUCGAAAACUCCAUUAUCAAUCCUCCGACUACCGUCCGAAUCCAUCAUCGUCCUUCCAUGACCAAGAACCCCAAAACGGAGGCCGCGAAAGCUGGUUCUGAAACCAGGAGCUUGUUCUUUGCCAAGAACGUGAGUUCUUCGCGGUUUAGCACCGACGACGGAGAAGCCGAAGUUGACGCCGGAAGCAACGCGUUUUCUAGCUCCGAUUCUCUCGACUCAUCUCGCCGGGGAAUCACCGUUUCCCUCAAGAAACCGCCGCGGAGGCCUCGCUGGAGAACCGGAAACAUCAGCCGGAGAGGGGGUAGUUCGGGUGAGGGCCGAAGCGGGAUAGUUGACUUAGAGAGCUAUGCGGUGGUGAAGAAUUCGACGGAUCCGUACGGCGACUUCAGAGAAUCGAUGGUGGAGAUGAUAGUUGAGAAAGAGAUGUAUGGAGCUGAAGAUCUUGAGAGGCUUUUACAGUGUUUUCUAUCUCUGAACUCUUCCGAUCACCAUUGUUUGAUUCUUGAGGUUUUCCUUGAGAUUUGUGAAGCUUUGCUGGUUCCAGUAGGGAGGGUCACUUAGAAUAUUUUUCGAUGCUUUGUUCUUCAUUUUGUGCUAUUAAAUUCAUGUCUACGUCUAUAUCUAUGUCUAUGUAUCUUAACUCUUCUGUUCUUGUAUUAAGAGAACAUUUGAUGAGGCCCGAGGGUGUAUAUCAAGGAAGAAUGUAUUGGGAUAUUAUUUUUUAAAUCCUUAAAUUCCGUGUUCGAAUCUUGGUUAGUAAAUAAU